UUUCCAUCAUGUUUUCUCUGCUAUAUGGGUUAUGGCAGUUCAUGUUCAGACGGGAUGAGUUCUUUAUUCUCAUCCUUGGCUUAGACAAUGCAGGCAAGACGACAUUCUUAGAACAAGCUCAGAUGCAGUUUGUGAAGGGAUACAAGGCCAAGGCAUUGGAUAAAAUUACAACUACAGUUGGAUUGAAUAUUGGAAAGAUUGAUAUUUCCUCCGUUCGUCUCAUGUUCUGGGAUCUUGGAGGGCAGGAGGAAUUACAAGCUCUAUGGGACAAGUACUAUGCCGAGUCACAUGGUCUGAUCUAUGUAGUAGACUCAUCGGACCCUAGCAGAUUAGAAGAAUCAAGAAUAGCAUUUGAGCAAAUGUUGGAGAGUGAAGCCCUAAUGGGGGUUCCUCUGCUAGUUCUAUCUAACAAACAAGAUGUGGAGGGUCAUCUGCCGGCUGAGGAGGUGAAGAAAGAAUUCAACAAGACGGCUAAGCUCAUGGGCCAUCGAGCAUGUCGUCUACAACCUGUAUCUGCACUGACUGGAGAAGGAGUUCACGAGGGUAUCGCCUGGCUUGUAGACAGUGUCAAACACAAUGCACCAUGGAGACCGCCUAGGGAACCAGAAAUUCAUUGAGUGCCUAAAGAAGCAUUCAAUUGAGAAUUUAAGACUAUAUUUGCUCUUAAUGACUAUACAAGUCACAUGUAGAUUGCAAUAUCACUUUUUAAUGUAGGCCCUAUCGUCUGCUAAGAGCCUGAAUGGUGUCAGAACUGGGGAGUGUUUCACAAAGAUCCUAAGUAGAACUUAACUCUAAGUUGGACUUAAAAAAUAUGGAGAGCCAUUUGUAGCCUUAAAAGGAAAGUUAUUCAA